AUGCUUGAGAAAGAACUCGGCGUGUCAUCAUUUGAGUUCUCUUGCAGGGAUAUCUUGGACAGGAUGCAUGAAGAGAAGCUCGGCCACUUUGACUUGGAGAAAGUGUACGGCAAGCCGUCUUCAGUACUUCACUCUCUUGAAGCCUUUCUUGGAAAGAUUGACUUUGAUCGUCUUCCCCACUAUCUUUACCGUGGCUCUAUGAUGGCUUCACCGUCUUCCACAGCAGCCUACCUGAUUGAUGCAACCAGGUGGGACGACGAGGCCGAAGAUUAUCUGAGACAUGUUAUGAGGAAUGGUGCUGGUCAUGGAGAUGGUGGUAUCUGGGGGAACUUUCCAACAACACAUUUUGAGUGCAGCUGGAUCCUAGCAACACUCCUGAAGGGUGGCUUCACUGUGAAACAAAUCGAUUGUGAUGGCUUGCGCGGCUUGUCAACCAUAUUUGCCGAUGCAUUGAGGGACGAGAAUGGAGUAAUUGGCUUUGCACCGCAUUCAGCUGAUGUCGAUGACACGGCAAAAGUUUUUCUGGCGCUCAGCCUCAUCAAUCAACAUUCCAGCCCAGAUAUCAUGGUCAAGGUCUUUGAAGGCAAACAUCACUCCACCACGUUUGGAUCAGAACGUGAUCUCAGCUUGUCUUCCAACCUUCAUGUGAUACUCAGUCUUCUGAACCAACCAGACCUGUCUCAAUAUCACCCCCAGAUCUUGAAUACAACCUUUUUCAUCUGCCUAUGGUGGUGGGAUAGCGACUAUUGCGUCAAAGAUAAAUGGAACUUGAGUCAUCUGUAUCCUACUAUACUAUACUUCUGGGAGAAGCUUUUCAUCAGUCGGGAAGUGCCGAGUAUAUCUGUUCAACCAUUGAAACACACUCGGUUCUCUUUGGCCGAAGAGGGCACUAAUACUCGGAAAUAUUUACUGGUGGUGCUGGACGGAUUUCUGUGGGAUCUGAACAGCCAGUAUAAUGAUGCUCUUGGAAAGACGGUGCUUCAAGGCCUACAGUACGAUAUUCUUCGAAAAGUGGGAGUUAGAGCUUUCUGA